AUGAAGCUGAGCAGGCAGUUCACGGUGUUCGGCAGCGCGAUCUUCUGCGUCGUGAUCUUCUCCCUCUACCUGAUGCUGGACAGGGGCCACUUCGACCAUCCCAAAAGCCCCCGCCGGGAGGGCACCUUCCCCAAGGGCCAGCUUUCAAUAUUACAAGAGAAAAUAGACCACUUAGAACGUUUGUUGGCAGAAAAUAAUGAGAUUAUUUCCAACAUAAGAGAUUCUGUGAUCAAUCUGAGUGAAUCUGUGAAGGAUGGUCAAAGAAACCCAGAGGCCAUAAAUUUCAGUCAAGGAUCUUUUUCUGAGCUUCUGCCAUCUGCUCUAGUAUCCCUCACAAUUGAUCCUGAGGAUUGCUCAUUUGCUUCAAAAAGUGGAAGUCAAGAUUCAAGUGUACAGAUGUUGGAUGUCUAUGAUAUUCUUCCUUUCGAUAAUCCAGAUGGUGGAGUUUGGAAACAAGGAUUUGAUAUCACGUACAAUGAAAAUGAAUGGGAUGAUGAACCUCUUCAAGUGUUUGUUCUGCCUCACUCACAUAAUGAUCCAGGUUGGUUGAAGACUUUUGAUGACUACUUCAGGGAUCAGACACAACAUAUCUUAAACAACAUGGUGGUAAAACUGCAAGAAGACAACAAGAGGAAGUUCAUGUGGUCUGAAAUCUCUUACUUUUCAAAGUGGUGGGAUGGAAUAGAUAGCCAAAAAAAGGAUGCUGUUAAAAGAUUAAUAGAAGAUGGCCAGUUUGAAAUAGUAACAGGAGGAUGGGUCAUGCCUGAUGAAGCUUCUCCUCAUUACUUUGCUUUAAUUGACCAGCUGAUAGAAGGACAUCAGUGGCUGGAGAAGACUCUAGGAGUAAAACCGAAGUCUGGUUGGGCCAUCGAUCCCUUUGGGCAUUCGCCAACAAUGACUUACCUUCUGAAACGCUCAGGAUUUUCCAACAUGCUUAUACAGAGAGUUCAUUACUCGGUUAAAAAAUAUUUUGCAACCCAGAAGACACUAGAAUUUUUUUGGAGACAGAACUGGGAUUUGGGAUCCAGUACAGAUAUCCUUUGCCACAUGAUGCCUUUCUACAGCUAUGACAUUCCUCAUACUUGUGGUCCAGAUCCUAAAAUCUGUUGCCAGUUUGAUUUUAAGCGUCUUCCUGGAGGAAGAGUAAGUUGUCCCUGGAGAGUUCCUCCUGAGGCCAUUCAUAGUGGGAAUGUUCAGCACAGGGCUUGGAUGAUUUUAGAUCAGUACAGAAAGAAGUCAAAGCUUUUCCGUACUAAAGUUCUGUUGGCUCCAUUAGGGGAUGAUUUCCGCUACAGUGAGAGCUCAGAAUGGGAUCAGCAGUACCAGAAUUAUCAAAAGCUUUUUGAUUUUAUGAACUCUCAUCCUGAGUUACAUGUUAAGGCCCAGUUUGGGACUCUAUCAGAUUAUUUUGAGGCUCUGCGCAAAGCAGGUAAUUUGGAGGAAAAGAACAGCAAUUCGGUUUUUCCUGUUCUGAGUGGAGAUUUCUUCACAUAUGCAGACAGAGAUAAUCAUUAUUGGAGUGGAUACUUUACAUCACGACCCUUCUACAAAAGACUAGAUAGAGUUCUGGAAUCCUAUUUAAGAGCUGCUGAGAUCCUUUAUUCUUUGGCACUAGUAGAGUCUAAAAAAUCUGACAAGAUGAAUGCAUUUCCUUCAGUGGACCAUUAUAAAUUGCUGACUGAGGCUAGGAGGAACCUAGGACUCUUUCAGCACCAUGAUGCCAUCACAGGAACAUCUAAAGAUUGGGUAGUUGUGGAUUAUGGAACUAGGCUUUUCCACUCAUUAAUGAAUUUGAAGAGAGUGAUCAUUGACUCUGCUCAUAUUCUUAUCCUAAAAGACAAAGAUACCUACAGCUACAACCCAUCAGCUCCGUUCCUUAAGAUGGAUGAUGAUCAAUCCUCACAAGAUUCUCUGCCACGCAAGACAGUUAUAAAGCUGAGUAUACAGCCAAGGUACCUUUUGGUUUAUAAUCCUACAGAACAGGAGCGAUUCUCUGUGGUUUCAAUCUAUGUGAAUUCACCCAAAGUUAAAGUAUUAUCUCCUUCGGGGAAACCUGUUAUGGUCCAGAUUAGUGGAGUAUGGGAUGGAACAACUACAGUAUCACAUGAAGCAUAUCAGAUCUCUUUUAUGGUGCACCUACCGCCUUUAGGUCUGGGAGUUUAUCAGCUUUUGGAGGUUCUGAGUUCAGAAAUGGUCUUGGCUGAUUAUAAUAUAUAUACUAGUGGAGGAAAUAAUGUGCAGGUGAACCCAGAUAAGGUUUUCAAGAUCAAGGAGAUGCAAAAUUCUGCAGAUGACAUUACUUUAGAGAACUCCUACAUGAAACUAUGGUUUUCUGGGAUCUCAGGGCUUCUGAAGAAAAUUAACACAAAAGAAGAUGGCAAAAAUCAUCAAAUAAAAGUGGAGUUUGCUUGGUAUGGAACCACAAGUAACAGAGAUAAGAGCGGGGCUUAUCUCUUCUUACCAGAUGGAGAGGCCAAGCCUUAUGUUUUCACGGAUCCACCUACCAUAAGAGUUACUCAUGGAAGGAUUUUCUCAGAAGUUACUUGUUUUUUCCAUCAUUUGACACACACAGUGCGACUCUACAAAGUUCAGGGAUUGGAAGGUGAGUCUCUUGAGCUGUCCAAUAUUGUGGACAUUAGAGGAGAAUACAAUCGUGAGAUUGCAAUGAGAAUUUCAUCUGACGUAAACAGCCAAAACAGGUUUUACACUGACCUUAAUGGAUAUCAGAUUCAGCCCAGAGUGGCAAUGAACAAAUUGCCUCUUCAAGCAAAUAUCUAUCCAAUGACUACAAUGGCUUAUAUCCAGGAUGAUGGCAUUCGUUUGACUCUACAUUCUGCUCAGUCUCUAGGUGUUACAAGCUUGAAAAGUGGACAGUUAGAAGUCAUUAUGGACCGUCGACUUAUGCAGGAUGACAACCGUGGCCUUGGACAGGGUCUCCAAGAUAACAAGAUCACAGCUAAUCUGUUCCGACUUCUGCUGGAGAGAAGAAAUGAAGUAGAUGAGAAAGAAGAAAAGUCAUCAGUCAGUUUCCCCUCUCUUCUGAGCCAUAUAACUUCUUCUUUCAUAAAUCAUCCUGUAAUUCCAAUGACUACAUAUGCAGAAUCUGGUGUCCCACAGAUUUUGAAUGCCUUUUCUCCACUCACUUCAUCCAUGCCUUGUGACAUGCAUGUGGUCAAUCUAAGGACAAUACAAUCAAAGGUAUAUUCUGGGCCAUCUGAUGAAGCAGCCUUGAUCCUUCACAGAAAAGGAUUUGACUGUAAAUUUUCAAACAAAGACACAGGGCUAUUAUGCUCUACUACUCAGGGAAAGAUAAAGGUGCACAAACUCUUUAAUAAGCUAAUCGUUGAAAGUCUUAUACCUACAUCUUUAUCUUUGAUGCAUUCGCCUCCAGAUGCCAGAAAUAUUAGUGAGAUCAAUAUGAGUUCUAUGGAGAUAAAUACGUUCCGGAUUCGACUGAGAUGAAACCUGGCUUUAAUAUUCAUAUAGUGAAGAAGAAUCUGCAGUUAUAUUUC